UAUUCGUUCUACCCCAUCCUAGCGUACUUCUAACGCAACCAUUGCUUCUGCGACCUUUAAAUUCACUAAGUUUGUUGAAAUUCACAGCCGGAGACUUCGCCACUGUUAGCUAAGAAUCGCUGAGCAGUUUUGUGAGGUGAAAUUAAUAAUGGGAGUCAUAAAUCUGGUUUUGUUUGGACGCACUGGGAAUGGCAAAAGCUCGACGGGUAAUAGCAUCCUUGGAUACAACGCCUUUACGACUAAAAGGAGUAGUAAAUCUGUGACGAAAAAGUGCCAGGUUGGGCAACGCAAAUGGAAGGAUUGUCGAAUACUAAAAGUGAUAGAUACUCCUGGCCUUUUUGACACAGAAGCCAAAAAAAACUUUAUCGAGACAGAAAUUGUGAGGUGUAUUGAUUAUGCCAAGGAUGGGGUGCAUGGCUUUAUCCUGGUGCUCUCUAUUCAAAACCGAUUCACAGAAGAAGAAGCUAAUGCUUUUGAAAAGUUGCAAUAUUUGUUUGGACCUAAAAUCCUUGACUAUAUGACGAUAGUCUUUACCUGUGGUGACCUGUUGGAAGAAGAUUGUGUUUCACUGGAUGACUACUUGAGGGAAACUUCUUCAAAUCUCAAGAAACUUGUUAGCCGUUGCGAGAAGAGAGUUGUUAUUUUUGAUAAUAAAACUAAAUCAGAAGCAAAGAAGGAAAGUCAAAUAUCUAAAUUACUACAGAUAGUGGAAGCAAAUCUGGCUGAAAAUGGAGAUAGCCCUUAUACUAAUGAGGUGUUCGAAAAAGCAAAGAGUAUGGCUUCACAAUAUUACUACAUGCAAGACAGCGAAAGAGGAUGUCAGGAGAAGGUCAAGGUUUUAAAUGAGAUGGUAAUAUAAUUUACUGUUCAAUAUUAAUCUGCUUAAAAAGGCCAUCAACUGUUCAAGUGUUC